AUGGGCGACUGCAUUGGUAUGCAUUUCAACCCGUCAAAGUCUAGCUGGCUCACUUCGAAACGGGGGAGAGCCCAGAGCGAUCAGCAGUCUGCUCUCCAGACACUCCAGGGUCACGCUAUUGCUAAGCUGCAGGCGGAGGAGUCCUACAGGUACCUUGGUGUCCCGGAAUCAGCACAUUUUCAUGCCACCGAAUUGAAGACCACAGCAAAGUCUGAGUUCGGCCGCCGCCUUCAAUUGAUAUGCUCAUCUCAAUUGAACGCCAGGAACUUGGUCAAAGCCAUCAACACCUUUGCCAUUCCAGUCAUCCUUUACUCCCUGUGCAUCGUUGAGUGGACAAAGGCAGAGAUAGAGGAACUCGACCGACAGACCCGCCAAGCACUGUUUAAAGAACACGCCCGCCACCCCAAGGACUCUGCCGCCAGGGUCCACCUGCCUCGUGACAUGGGUGGUGGAGGAAUUCUAUCAUUCCGGGAUCUCCUGGAUAGAACCUGUGUCCGGGUGGCGCGGUACCUACAAGCCCACCCAAACGUGCCACUGUUGGCUGCUGUUAAGCGCCAUCACGACAAUGAUGUGGCACCGUCAAAAUCAGUUACACGUCAAGCCUCCAGACUUCUGGGUGAACUUGACCUACCCGACUUGGAGACUGCCACAAAAGUCAUUGUCAAGAAGGCCGUUGCUCUCCGGUGCCUGGCCGUUAUCCAAGGUAAGCCUCUCCAUGGCCAGUUCUGGAGACGAGCUUCUGAUGCUGGCUUGGACCUGGGCUUGAGUUUUCGCUGGCUGAAAUCGCCAACGAUCAGGCCUGCGACAGAGGGACUCUUGUUGGCUGUACAGGAUCAGGCCAUUGCGACCAGGCACUAUCAGGUCACGGUCAUUGGACGGGGAGACGUUGUGGACAUUUGUCGAGUUUGCGGCGCUCGCGGAGAAACAGUUGAUCACAUUGUGGCCUGUUGCCCAGCCCUAGCCACAACACUGUAUAUCGAACGGCAUGACAUGCUCGUCAAGUUGGUGCAUUGGGCACUAUGCAAGCGGCAUGGUCUGGGUCGGCCAGGAAGCAACCCGCUGAAGCAUCAUCUUGUGCCUGUCACGGAAAAUCUUGACAUGAAGCUCCUGUGGGAGUUCAAUAUCCCAACGGAUACGCAAAUGCGCCACAACCGUUCAGACCUGGUGUUGCGGUCCAGCACACAGGUGCUGCUGAUGGAUGUCAAUGUUCCAUUGGACCAGAAUGUGCCUACAAAAAUCCACGAAAAAAUAGCAAAGUACGCUCCCCUUUGCCAAGAGCUGCGGCGCAUCUGGCAUGUGGAUGAUGUCCGCGUUGUGCCCCUGGUUGUUGGGGCGCUUGGUGGACUGACUCGUGUGUCCCUCUCACACUUUGUGUUGGCAUUGGCAGACACUCUGCGCAUUGGAAGGGCUCAGCAAUGUGCUAUCCUGGGCACGCUGAACAUCGUCAAGUCGGUUCUUGGCAUUCGGCAUUAG